AUGAGUAUUUUUCUGUUACUGUGUGGUACUUUUACUUCAGUAAAGUAUCUGAUUACUUCUUCCACCACUGAAAGUCACACAGUAACACAGACACACUAACAGAUGGAGGCAGUGGUAUUCCAGCAGCUCCUGGUUAAAUCACUGUUUUUCUCUAUGGAGUCUGGUGCUGACUGAUGUUUCCUCCUUUGACUUUGAGCUUCAGGGAAUUUAAGUAUAAACAGUAAAACCAGGUGAGUGGAAACACACCUGUGGACAACACUGAACUGACUGUGGAUGUGUUUUAAUGAGCUGAUUAACAACAGUCUGACCUUCAGCCUCUCAGCCUGAACCAACACACACUGACACACACACACACACACACACACACACACACAGUUAGUGAAGCGUCUAAUUGGAUCCAGGAUGUUGCUCAGCAGGUGAAUCCCAUACACACACACACACACACACACAUAUAUGUACACUGAUAUAUGUUUGCAAACACACGUCAUGAAUGUGUCUCAGUGUGUGUGUGUGUGUGUGUCUGUUGGUGUGUUCAAGGACACUCUGAUAUCUGAGGAAUCAGCUGCUGAACAGAAACAGACACAUUAACAGAAUCUGCUUUGUGUCCUCAAACGCACCAAAAACAAAACAGAAUCAUCACACAAACAUCACGUCACGUUCACUGACUGAUGGAUAAUCUCUGAAAUUAACGUCAGCCUGGACGGAUGGAGAUCAGAGUAAAAACUGAUGGAGGAUUUAGAAAAUGAAGAGGAAGAAUAAACAGAACGUAAACAGGAUUUAUUUGGUUACUGAACAUUGUCUGUGAUCAGCUCCCUGUUGUCAGUGUAUCCAUGAUGCACAGACAGCUCUCACUGGAUCACUGUGACACUGAAGGAAAGUUAAAAACAACAGGAAUCUGAAUGAAGUUCUGCAGCCUCUGUUUCCUCUGUGCUUUUAUUCUGAAAGGGCAUCAAAGAUCAUGAUAAACAAACGCACUGUGAGGUGGACAAACAAACUACAGCUCCUAUCAGCACAGUGUGUUCACUGUGAGCUCCACAGAGCUUCAGUGAAGACUCUGAUGUUUUAUAUGUGGACGUCCUGUUUACGGUUUAGGCUCCGUCACAGUUUUAAAACAGAGCUUCAGAGCUCAGUUUAACAUGGCAGUCUAUGGGACUGUGGGUCAGCGCUCUCUGUGUUUGGAGGAGAUUUAUUCACAAACUGAGAGUACAGUCUGCGAUGACCUCUGACCCCUGACCCCUCUGAGAGACACCUCUGAGGAGGAGGAGCGACCAGGACAGAUGGAGGGAGCAGGAGAGGAGGAGAGCCGAGGGGAGGAGGCUGAAACCUCCUCCAAACAGGGGAGAGCAUCACCGAGAAGAGGAGGCGGGGGGGGCAUCUGCAGACAAAAUGGCCUCAUCAACACCCGCAGGCUGGGGGCGGAGCCUCGGGAGGCGCUGCCGUCAGUGUACUCAGCUCCUCAGUACCAGGGUCACGUGGUGGUGAACGCCCCGCCUCAGCAGGAGCACAGCGGGGGUCCUCCUCAGCUCCUGAACCCCAGCGCUCUCCUCCCCCACCAGGCGGCGUCAGACCCCCACCUCAGGUCGGCCCCCGGCCUCCUGCUGUGCCCAGAGAGCGUCCUGCGGGCGUGGGGGGAGGCUGGGGGAGGCGACUGCUGCGAGACCACCUUCAUUGAGGGGCUUGGUCCCGACGCCUCCCCCUCCACCUCCACAAAGGAGGCGCUGCUGUUCACUGACGGAAAGUUUCUGGACUUUUCUGGAGAGGACGCAAAGAUUCAUACGCUGUCGUACGACAUCGACGAUGACGACGAGUUCCAGGAGCUCGAGAGUGAUUACUCCAGCGAAUCAGAGAGCGAGGACACCUUCCUGUUGAUGCCUCCCAGAGAUCACCUGGGCCUCAGUGUCUUCUCCAUGCUCUGCUGCUUCUGGCCGCUCGGCAUCGCAGCUUUCUACCUGUCACACGAGACCAAUAAGGCCGUGUCUAAAGGAGACUUCCACCUGGCCAGCUCCAGCUCGAGGCGGGCUCUCUUCCUGGCUGUGCUGUCAAUCACCAUCGGGACAGGUAUCUAUGUGGCGUGGCCGUGGCUCAUCGCCUACCUGUCCAAAAACCACCACUGGUAG